CCUCAGCCACCAUCAAUACAUCCGUCACAACCUCAGCCAUCAUCAAUACAUCCGUCACAACCUCAGCCAUCAUCAAUACAUCCGUCACAACCUCAGCCAUCAUCAAUACAUCCGUCACAACCUCAGCCAUCAAUACAUCCGUCACAACCUCAGCCAUCAUCAAUACAUCCGUCACAACCUCAGCCAUCAUCAAUACAUCCGUCACAACCUCAGCCAUCAUCAAUACAUCCGUCACAACCUCAGCCACCAUCAAUACAUCCGUCACAACCUCAGCCAUCAAUACAUCCGUCACAACCUCAGCCACCAUCAAUACAUCCGUCACAACCUCAGCCAUCAUCAAUACAUCCAUCACAACCUCAGCCAUCAUCAAUACAUCCGUCACAACCUCAGCCAUCAUCAAUACAUCCGUCACAACCUCAGCCACCAUCAAUACAUCCGUCACAACCUCAGCCAUCAUCAAUACAUCCGUCACAACCUCAGCCAUCAUCAAUACAUCCGUCACAACCUCAGCCAUCAUCAAUACAUCCGUCACAACCUCAGCCACCAUCAAUACAUCCGUCACAACCUCAGCCACCAUCAAUACAUCCGUCACAACCUCAGCCAUCAUCAAUACAUCCGUCACAACCUCAGCCAUCAUUAAUACAUCCGUCACAACCUCAGCCAUCAUCAAUACAUCAGUCACAACCUCAGCCACCAUCAAUACAUCCGUCACAACCUCAGCCAUCAUCAAUACAUCCGUCACAACCUCAGCCAUCAUCAAUACAUCCGUCACAACCUCAGCCACCAUCAAUACAUCCGUCACAACCUCAGCCAUCAAUACAUCCGUCACAACCUCAGCCACCAUCAAUACAUCCGUCACAACCUCAGCCAUCAUCAAUACAUCCGUCACAACCUCAGCCAUCAUCAAUACCCACCAUCAAUACAUCCGUCACAACCUCAGCCAUCAUCAAUACAUCCGUCACAACCUCAGCCAUCAUCAAUACAUCCGUCACAACCUCAGCCACCAUCAAUACAUCCGUCACAACCUCAGCCACCAUCAAUACAUCCGUCACAACCUCAGCCAUCAUCAAUACAUCCGUCACAACCUCAGCCAUCAUUAAUACAUCCGUCACAACCUCAGCCACCAUCAAUACAUCCGUCACAACCUCAGCCAUCAUCAAUACAUCCGUCACAACCUCAGCCAUCAUUAAUACAUCCGUCACAACCUCAGCCAUCAUUAAUACAUCCGUCACAACCUCAGCCAUCAUCAAUACAUCCGUCACAACCUCAGCCAUCAUCAAUACAUCCGUCACAACCUCAGCCAUCAUCAAUACAUCCGUCACAACCUCAGCCAUCAUCAAUACAUCCGUCACAACCUCAGCCAUCAUCAAUACAUCCGUCACAACCUCAGCCAUCAUCAAUACAUCCGUCACAACCUCAGCCACCAUCAAUACAUCCGUCACAACCUCAGCCAUCAUCAAUACAUCCGUCACAACCUCAGCCAUCAUCAAUACAUCCGUCACAACCUCAGCCAUCAUCAAUACAUCCGUCACAACCUCAGCCAUCAUCAAUACAUCCGUCACAACCUCAGCCACCAUCAAUACAUCCGUCACAACCUCAGCCACCAUCAAUACAUCCGUCACAACCUCAGCCAUCAUCAAUACAUCCGUCACAACCUCAGCCAUCAUCAAUACAUCCGUCACAACCUCAGCCAUCAUCAAUACAUCCGUCACAACCUCAGCCAUCAUCAAUACAUCCGUCACAACCUCAGCCACCAUCAAUACAUCCGUCACAACCUCAGCCAUCAUCAAUACAUCCGUCACAACCUCAGCCACCAUCAAUACAUCCGUCACAACCUCAGCCAUCAUCAAUACAUCCGUCACAACCUCAGCCAUCAUCAAUACAUCCGUCACAACCUCAGCCACCAUCAAUACAUCCGUCACAACCUCAGCCAUCAUCAAUACAUCCGUCACAACCUCAGCCAUCAUCAAUACAUCCGUCACAACCUCAGCCAUCAUCAAUACAUCCGUCACAACCUCAGCCACCAUCAAUACAUCCGUCACAACCUCAGCCAUCAUCAAUACAUCCGUCACAACCUCAGCCACCAUCAAUACAUCCGUCACAACCUCAGCCACCAUCAAUACAUCCGUCACAACCUCAGCCACCAUCAAUACAUCCGUCACAACCUCAGCCAUCAUCAAUACAUCCGUCACAACCUCAGCCACCAUCAAUACAUCCGUCACAACCUCAGCCACCAUCAAUACAUCCGUCACAACCUCAGCCACCAUCAAUACAUCCGUCACAACCUCAGCCACCAUCAAUACAUCCGUCACAACCUCAGCCACCAUCAAUACAUCCGUCACAACCUCAGCCAUCAUCAAUACAUCCGUCACAACCUCAGCCACCAUCAAUACAUCCGUCACAACCUCAGCCACCAUCAAUACAUCCGUCACAACCUCAGCCAUCAUCAAUACAUCCGUCACAACCUCAGCCACCAUCAAUACAUCCGUCACAACCUCAGCCACCAUCAAUACAUCCGUCACAACCUCAGCCACCAUCAAUACAUCCGUCACAACCUCAGCCACCAUCAAUACAUCCGUCACAACCUCAGCCACCAUCAAUACAUCCGUCACAACCUCAGCCACCAUCAAUACAUCCGUCACAACCUCAGCCAUCAUCAAUACAUCCGUCACAACCUCAGCCACCAUCAAUACAUCCGUCACAACCUCAGCCACCAUCAAUACAUCCGUCACAACCUCAGCCAUCAUCACCAUAAAAUACACCAUCCAUGUCAGUAAUUGUAUUAUUCAAAACGUUCUUCAAAUAAUUAACAAAGUUCAAGGUAUAAAAUGGUACGGGGCUUAG